UGUCGCAACGAUGACUUUGUCAGCUGCUUUCUGUAUUUUUUGGUGGAAAUGUGAUUGUGUCGAUUUACGAUUUACGGAUUUGUUGGGAUAUCAAAAUGUUUUUAGUAAAACAAACAUGAUGAAGGACAAACCAUGGACAGGUUGUGAGUGGACCAGAACUUAACCUCUUCCCUUAGUGGAGGGAAACACAGGAACACGUGAGGAAACUACCUGAAUCCUUGCCUCACCCUGCAAGGUUUGACCUUUGACAUUUAUCUCUUUGCGCUGCUUAAAAAAAGACAACUGUAUCCAAGAGGGUCUCCUAAGCAAACAGAGACCCCCCUCCCAAAGGUGAGAGGGGGGGAAGAUGGCAGCUCUUGCCAGUUCUCUCAUCAGACAAAAACGGGCAGUCAAGGACGACCAGGCCAACCGGCCGAUAGCAAAUAAACGGAAGCCGUGCCCCAAGAGCAACAAGUCCCUUUGCCAGAAACAAAUUCUCGUUCUUAUAUCUAAAGUACGACUAUGUGGUGGUCGAAGAGGAAGAACAGACAAAAGACCAGAGCCACAGCUAAAAGGCAUCGUCACCCGUCUGUACAGCCAGCACGGCUACUACCUGCAGAUGCUGCCGGAUGGCACCAUGGACGGCACAAGGGACGAGAACAGCUGCUUCUCACAGUUCAACUUGAUUCCUGUGGGUCUGCGGAUAGUGGCGAUUCAGGGAGCGAAGACUGGCUUUUAUCUGGGCAUGAACAGCGAGGGAUACCUAUACACCUCUGAGCAUUUUAACCCAGAGUGCAAAUUUAAAGAGAGUGUGUUUGAGAAUUACUACGUGACGUAUUCCUCCAUGCUGUACCGCCAAAGCCAGUCAGGACGCUCCUGGUACAUCGGAAUCAACCGGGAUGGCCAAGUGAUGAAGGGCAACCGCGUAAAGAAAACCAAAGCGGCCGCACACUUCCUACCUAAAGUCAUCGAAGUGGCCAUGUACAAGGAACCUUCCCUGCAUGAGCUUGUAGCAGAGCAGAGUCCUCCUCGCAAAACCGUAAAGACUUCAGACUCCCCUUCCCACCAGAACGGCAGGAAAGAGGCCCCCAGGGCUGAUGCUUCAUAGCACAGGGGCCGCACACUUGGAGGGUGAGGGACUACACUGACAAUGAGAACUCCAUUUUCCUUCAUGCAACGAGGGCAGAAAGAGCUAUAAGAGCGGCUGCUAGCUUUUGAACAAGCCGAGAUCAGACAGCAGCCCAUGGCGCUCUACAACCCGAGGAGAAUCCCUGCCUCUCUCCGUCAAACCAGCUCCCAUAUAUUUCCGCUGACCCGGCAUGACACCUGACCCCCUCCAUAUGAUCCCAUAAUCCCUUGCAAAAACAUCUUUCUGUGCCCCCACAUGCCCUUCUUGAGUUCUCUCACAGUGUCAAAAGAGAAAUGCAAACAAUAUCCAUCCUAACUGAAGAAUUCAAUUGACUUUUCUUUCCCUAUGGUUUGUUUUUGUUUGAACGGAGAGUUUGGAUGUGAGAAUGAGAGCGAGAGUGUGCAAGAGAGAGAGGUUAUUAUCCAAUAUCAUCAUAAUGAUUCCAGCAGAUGAGACCCUCAAUGGUUCAUUUUUUUUUUCUCUCUGCAACUACUUUGCCAACGGCAUCUCUGUGCCAAUCAGAACUGAAGGAAGGAGUGCAGUAAAAUUAGUUUUUAUUGGACAAUUCAAGGAGGAUGUGGUUCUAUUGGUCAGCAGGUGUAGAUUGAUGGGCUGUUGCCAGGAAAACCAAUGGCAUCAUGCAUAAUUUGUAAAUGGGCAGGUUUUAAAAUCAAGGCUCACUCUUUGAUAUUUGCAUCUUAUGAGUUUAGAUUGAAUUCACAACCCACACAUCUGUGUUUUGGUUUAAUUAAAGCUAUACUUCCAGCCUGUAAGAUCCAAAAAAGGGGGAAACACAACUAAAUUCUCUUGUGAUGACUCUAUUCAUGUUUAAAGGCUGGUGGGCUACAAGAGGCAUCCGUAUCAUUGGCAAACGCGUGGAGAUUAUUCAGGGCAGUUGUUUGAUAGCUCUUUGAUGGAAUUCGUACAGGGGAUUACAUGGAGUCCGGCCAUGAUUGCUUGAAUUAUUUACUCCUAUCCCCAGGAACGUUCAGCGCGUUCAAGCAGCUCGGACGAGAGAUUUUAAUAUGCAAAUUUAAAUUGUGGUGAGGCGGUUAGUGACGAAGUGUUUGUGUGCAUUUAGACGUGUGUAUUAGAGUGUGAAAGAGACAGAAUGAUGUGAAACGAACAUCUGCUUCCAUUAUUUAUUUGUGUGUGUGUGUGUGUGUGUGUGUGGCAGACUGGGCACACGUGUGUAAACGCAUUGGCUCACACACCACAGUUGAUCAUUUUAAUGGUUCGGUCGAGUCUGGGCAUUUUAAUCUGCCUGGAGAUGUUGACUGAUGACCCUCUCCAGCUUUCAUAAUUGACACAUAACCAAGAGGAAGUGCUGUGACGUCCAGAAUCUCUUUGUAAUUCCACGGGCAUCUUACCGGUCUACACUCACACAUGCAGUCAUUUGCAAUGUUUGUGUCUGAGUAAACGGUUGGUCAACCAUCAUAUAGAUGUUACUUCUUUGUCCUUCAGACAGGAAGAGUCACGCUCCAUGACUGCAGAUGUGAUUGUGGUUUGGUUUUGCUGUUGUUCUGUGUCAAAAAGGUAAUUUUGACGCAUAUUUGUGGUCAUCUCAGUGUCCUUGAGCUGUGUUUUAAAUAUGUAAGGAUAAACUUUAAUAUGAAAGAACUUAAGAUAUUGAAUGAAAUGGCAACAGAUAUUCGGAAGAAUGAAUAGUGGAUGUCAGUGAGGGUUUGUGCAUGUUGCAGAAGGUUUUUAGCACGUUGAAGUAUGGUACGUGUAUGUGUCUCAAUGAAAGUUGACUCUAAGUAGAAUACUGAAGGAAUGUUCCUCGUUCAAUAAAAGUUAAGCUCAGUCUACAACACUAGUGGCAUUUGUGUUGAUUAACAAAAUGAAUUAAAUAAUUAUACACUACUUUCAAUAAAAAAUAAUUGGUAGAGUACAAGGAUUUAACUUGUGUAGUGUAAACAAAAACCAAAAUACAACAGAUUUGCACUGUAGUGAAGUGAAGCCAAAAUGGCCAAGGUAUGGUUUAGGCUAAGUAUAGUAUGAAUUCCAUUCGUUUAUCCAACCACCAGGGGGCAACCUAAAGUUUUUGGCUUCACUUUUUUUUGGACAUGAUCAACACAGACAGAAUUAAAAACCAAACAUUUUAAAAAUGACUUUAUAUGUACAGGCACAUUACUUUUUUUUUUUAAGUUUAGACUUAUGAACUGUCAGACAGAUUUGAUUAAAGCUCUUAAAUCACUAUGUUUAGUCAUUUAAUAUCAGAAAGUGCAGAAUUUUUUUCUAAAAUAUUGUUAGCAUGCAAAUUAUAUGUAGCUAUUCUAUUAAAAUAGUGAAUGUUUUCCCAUUUGCUUCUAUUGUAAGUGUCUGAUUGUAAUCUAGAUUUUAAAAAGAAAGGACAGGAGGAUAUUAAUGUUACGUUAAUCAACAUUAUGUGCUGUUGAUUGAACUUAACUCAUAUUGAAUCUGGAUUUCGUUUUAAGGAACUGUAUUGAAAGUCUGUAGAAAGUUUGCUUAUGCGAGACUAGAUUUGGGAUGAAAACAAUUUUGGGGCUGUGAGAGUCUCUGAAAGUCCUGAGGGCAGCUCGGUGAUUGAAGUUAGCUGGUGUAGAGGAAGACGGGUUUAGAGGCAUUAGAUUAUGAGGAGCAAAACCAGAAGAUCAUUAAGUACUCAGAGGACAGCGUAUGCUUUGGUGCUAAUGAUGAGUGUGAGAUCCUGUUCUCUGAAUUAGACACUGUACGGAUUCUUGCUGAUUGAGCGGAAGGUGAGGAAUGGGUUCUUUGAGGAUUGGGGGAAGGGGGACGUGACUGUAUGUGCAUGUGGUGUAGCUACCUGGUCCCAUGGUAAUUUUGAGAACACAAGGACGAAUGUGGCGCGGACACGCCCCCUCAUGUGUGCUCCAAAGUCAUGCUCCAUUUCCUGAGCAAUCUCCCCAAACCCUCUCCUGUGUGUCCAGUGGCUAUUAACCUUCCCUACAGCUCUGUGUGUUUGAGUGUGUGUGAGAGAGCGAAAGAGAGAGAGAGAGAGAGAGAGAUAGAGCAAAGUAACGAUCGAUUGACUCAAUAAAAGCCAAACUGGAGAGCAAUAGCCCAGCGCUGUGAGCAAUAAUUUCCCUGUGCAACCGAGGAACCCGAGGACAUUAGCAGACAAUGAACUGAGGUUUUUUUUUCCCUUCAUGGGACUUUAUCCAGUCUGUGAGAAACUGGUGGAGGAGAAGAUGACGACAUGGAGAUAAAGUGAUGUUCAGAUGGUAAACCCAAUUUCGGUAUUGUCAAAUAGGCCUUGCUCACUCUUUCUCUCACUGUCUGUAUUUUGUUCUUCUCUCUGUCCAGACCUGGUUUUGCUGUGAAGUUGCUAGUAUUAUGGUCUUAGAUCUCUCCUGACUCUCGCUCUCUCUUUAAAAUCAGGGCAAGUUCUCAAGGACACAUUGAGUCCACCCUCUGUUUCAUUUGCCCUCAAUUCAAGCAUGCAAAAAGAGUGAGGCGAUUGUGGGAACACUUCUGAAAUUUUCAUGCUGUAUUUUUGUGACAAAAAAUAGAUUUCAUACUAUAUCUCAG